UUAGUUGUGAAAGAUAAUUUUGUGAUGUACAUAAGACCAGAAGAUGGACAUAUCAGUGAUGUGUUGCUCAUGGAUUCAGCAUUCUCAGUCAAGUGUGGACUUUACCUUACAGGUGCCAGUCAUGGAGUCCUGAUUGAAAAUUUUAGUAGGUAAGAUACCACCACUCCUAAAAGUGAAUUCACCUUACUGGACCUAAUUACUGUGAUAAGCAAUAAUACAAAAAUAAUAAGUGCACGAUUAUUAAACUUUUAUAUAUUGUUGCAUUGUUCUUCAUUGGAGACAAUAUAUUCCUAUUAGUUUUACUUGAUACUGCACUACAAUAGCUCAGUCCUAGUUCAGCAGAAUAAAAGGAUACAGCCAUUAAAUGAAAGAACUGUUGUUGCCAGGAAAACCAUUGGUAACUGUGACAGCAUGGUUAAGUCUGCUCAGAGUUGGUCGACUUUUGUUCAAGGUUUAUUAGUUGUUGUUUUUUGUUUUUUGUUUUUGUUUUUUUAAAAUUGGAAACAAAGUGCUCAUUAAAUCUCAUACUGAAAGUUGUUGGUUUGAAUUUAGCUGGAAAAGGGGAAAAAAAAACCAGAAAAAUUGUUAAAUGGCUAGUUCCAAUAUUUGGGGGACCACCCCCUGUCCCCCCUCCUCUUCCCCUUUCUUUCAGAGGUAUAAGUGGAUUAUUAGUUACGGACAAGUUAGUCUAGUCUGAAUUAGUUGUAUUUAUUCUGUAGGAAGCUGCUCCUCAAAUGUUGGACCAAUCGCCAGGCCAAGGAGUGGGCUGAACAGGUUCAACGUGUGGCCAACAUGCAGGCCUACGAUUACAUUCAGAGAAACAGAUUUGGCUCAUUUGCUCCAGCCAGAGAAAACACAUAUGCCAGAUGGUAAGUUGACAUAACAUGUAUUUGCCAGAUGGUAAGUUGAUGUAAACAUGUUCACCAGAUGUUAAGUUGAUGUGUACAUGGAUAUCAAAUGGUAAUUUCACCUAAAAUACACACAAGUUGUGAUACAGGUUUAGAUCAAUUUAUAAUUAAUUAAAGAAAUGAAGCCAGGUGUAUUGAGUUAUGACUGAAUGUGAUUUCAUUGGUGAUCUAACCCAGGUGUAUAGAGUUACUCUUCCAUGUGAUCUCAUUGGUAAUCUAACCUAGGUGUAUAGAGUUACUAUUCCAUGCGAUCUCAUUGGUAAUCUAACCUAGGUGUACAGAGUUAUGAUUCCAUGUGAUCUCAUUGGUAAUCUAACCUAGGUGUAUAGAGUUGUGAUUCCAUGUGAUCUCAUUGGUAAUCUAACCUAGGUGUAUAGAGUUACUAUUCCAUGCGAUCUCAUUGGUAAUCUGUUGUGGAUAGUAUUCUCCUCUAUCAAUAGAUGUGUUUUUUUUUUAAUUUUUGUUUUUUUUAAAUUUAAUAUCCCAUAAAUAAGGGAUCAAAGUGAUCACCAUGGAGAAGUUCUAUAGAAAAUUAGUGACCAUAAUUAAGGGAUGAAAGGGAUUCCCAUGGAGUGGUUCUGUAGACAACUGUCGUACAGCUUCACUGAACCUAUUCAUGUUAAAGGAUAGUUCCGGUCAGUCACUAAGUUUUUAAAGGUGUUCUCAACUUUCUUUGAUGUGACAAAACAAACUGUGACUCAUUGCAAUUGACUGGUCUCACAGGUUUGUUGAUGGUAGAAGUUACUUUGAGGCAGUUGCGGACGCUCUAGAGAAAGCCAAAGAGGAGAUCUACAUUACAGACUGGUGGUAAUUGAUCAGGCACAUUGAACUUUUUCUUCAUUUAAUUAAGAAACUAUUGAAACCUAACUCAGAAUAACAUGCUAUCAUUUCUUUGGUCUGUUACCUCGUAAAUGGUUUUAUAAAUGUUCAAGCUAAGCAUAUCCAAGCUAUUGAAUAUCAAUUACAACCUAUUUAUGUUUUGGCCAUGUACGUAGAUGAUAUGGAUGUACUGGCUAGGACUGUACAAUCUUUGAGCCUCCGACCUAUUUAUGUGCAGGCCCCGUACAUAUAUGCUAUGGAUGUACAUGCUAGGACCUAACUAUCUAUGAGCCAAUAUGCCAGAGAUAAUCUCAUGCUCUGACAUGUCACCACUCUUCAUAUCUGCAGCUUUUUCUUCCAAUCAGGCUCAGUCCCGAGAUCUACUUAAAACGACCGAUGGUUGAUGGUGACAAGUGGAGGCUGGAUGUUAUCCUCAAAAGGAAAGCUG